CGCUCCAGAAUCUUCCUUUUAAAGGCGCGCGAUGACCGAUUUUUGUGGAGGUGUCGGUGACGAGAAGAACGACGCUUCCUCCGAGCUCCAUCCCCGCCGAAGGACCUUCAAAUAUGAACUCAAACACAGCCGUAACGCAUUCGUAAUUAAACGAAUAUCAUUUUGAAGGACAAUUCGGCAAAAUAAGCGUGUAUUCCUAGAGAUAUUUUGCUCUUUUUCUUCAAACAUGCUCGCCUUACUGACUCUGACUCUCCUCGUCAAAAGCGUUUUGUCUGUACCGGUGACUCCCAGUGUUCUGGAAAAUGACGACGUCAAGGUGAUGAAAUGUGUAGUGGAGGCACUGGCGGAUGUGCUGUCAAGGCCACGCCCACUUCCUGUUAGCGAGCAAUGUCUGCAGACGCUAAGAACAGACGAACGUCUUCAGUCGCUCCUUCGCCACUACGAUUUCCUGAAGGAACUGCAGGACGUCGCCACCCAUGGUGACAGGAAAGCGCCAGAGGGUGGCGCCAUGGCACCCAAUCAUGCCACGCCAUCCCUUGAAAGCCCUGACAGCAUCCCUGACGGAUCCAUGCUGACUGCGCUGGGAGGGCCCGGUGAACAUUCCAUCCUCUCGCAGGAACGCAGGAGAUCAGAUGAGGUAGAGGAAGAAAACAACUCAGCGCUUUGGUUGGCGGGCGAGAAGAGAGAGGAGGAGGACCCAAAAAAAGCUUGGGCAUCAGGAGAAAUGCGACGAAGCGGGUCCAAAGAGGAACAGGACAAGAGAUCUGCUGAGGAAGAGGAGGAAGAGAAUGAUAAUGAGGAGGGGAUGAAGAAGAGGAGCAAAAGCCAGAAGGAGGGAAAGGAGGAAGCCCCCCAUCAUUCAAAGGAGGUCUUGGAGGAUGAAGAGCUGAAGAAGAAGAAGAGGAACCGCAGUCCGGAGGAAAAAGAGCUGCAGAUGAUCGCUCGGAGAACGCCGGACGAGGAGGACGGUAGCGCGGCAAGAAAGGCAGAGGACACCGAGGUGGAAAACCUAGCCACCAUCGAGUCAGAGUUGGAAAAUGUGGCCCACAAGCUCCGCCAGCUGCGGGAAGGAUGAGCCACCGUGAAAAAUAUAAUAAUAAUAAUAAUGAGAGAAAGCACGUGACUACAUCUUCUCACUCUUGCCAUAGUAGGGAAAUUCUUUUAUUGUGUAUCCUAGUUUGUCAAUGAUUUUAAUUGAUUUAUGAGAAUGUGAAUGAAGAAAGAAAUGGAUGUUUUCUAUAGAUUUUGAACAAUCUGCAUUGUAAAGUGAGACUGAAUAAUUUUUCAAAAAUGAUAAUCAUCCAAAUGACUGUGAAUGACAAAGUUAUUGCAAUAAAACCAACACGUACAGUAAACAUUGAUGGAA